AUGGAAAAAUAUCAUGCUUUUCACGAGGAAGAUAUUUCCAGUUUCGAUCUCCCUUCUACGCACCGAUUGCCCACUGUGUCUGCAGCUCAAGUGCUAGAAGACUUGGACGAUGAUCUUUCAAGGCACAUCUCUACGGGAAUCAAGCGGUUAGAUGAGGCCCUCAACUCUGACGAUUCUGUUGACACAUCUGGGUCAAAACGCUCUGGGGGUAUCCUGAGAGGCCAAGUUACCGAGGUUUGGGGACCUCCGGGAACUGGCAAGACAGCACUAGGCAUCCAACUCGUAGCAAGCGCACUGCGCGAGGGCCAAGGUGCCGUCUGGAUUGCGCCUAUUCGCUCUGCGGGCAAAGACUUGCAGCGUCUUCCUCACCUAGUUGCACUGCUAUGUAGGCCUGCGGCCGCAACGAUACCAACAAGUACGGCCCUGGUCGUCAUCGACUCGUUAUCAGCACUCGUGAAUCACGCCUUUCCCAAGGCACCGGACGGGCCCAGUCUGUCAGCGAAGCGAUUGCAAGCCUUGCAGUACAUUGUCGGCGCACUCCAGAAGCUGGCAGCGACGAGAAACUGCGCCGUGGUGGUCUUGUCCCAAUGCGCGACCAAGAUGCAGUCGGAGCGGAGUCCAACCCUGAUUCCUUCCAUUAAUGCUGGAGUUUGGGAGCAAGGGGUGUCAACGCGAGUGGUCCUAUUCAAAGACUGGGUCUGGAAGGACGGCAGCCCGUCGAGCGUGAGCUUCGCCGGUGUGCAGAAGCUAGACGGCAAGGCUGAGCCGGACACGAUGCAGAGCGCAGCGGCGUUCAGAGUUGAAGCGGCGGGCCUGAUUGGCGUGCACUACGACACUAGCCAGCCAUCGAUUUUGCUGUCUCGAAGCCCACGAACGAAGCGCAAGCUAGCAGAGGCAGGGCUGGAAGUGCCGGACAGCGAAGAUGACGAGGAGUACGGAUGGGAGCGGGAGGACGAUGCGGCACUUCCCGGGAUGCCGCCGCAAUGGCAAGGCAGCGAAGAUUUACUCCUGGGGACGCAGGCCGAAAGCGACGACGAGGACGGCGACGGAAGCGGCGGCGAUGAUGGUGACAAGGACGACGAGGCAGAAGAUGUGGAGGAUCAGAACGGCCAAUGGCCGAGAUAA